CAACUUUUCGGCUUUUGGCAAAGAUGAUAUCGCGCGGAGAAAGUUCAAUGUUGACGUCUCAGCCGCCAUAUCGGUCUAUUCCCAAUCGGGAAUGUCGAAGCCUCCGCUCUUUUACGGUAAGCCCCACAUUAUUUAGAUCCGUAUGUAUUGUGUAUGGUGUUCUGCCUAGUCUUGUCUGACUGUAUGGUAAUUCUGGUACGCACAUGCUGCUACUUCGAAAUACUCACCGGGGAAUCUUUCGGGAUUCAAGACACGGUUGAUAUCCAUCUCAAGGCUAGUUUUGCGCGUGAAGACGUCAUUUUGAAUCUCGUGUACCACCAAAGAAGUGUAUAAAUAUCGAGACCACUUUUCAACUAUCCAGUGCUCAAUGGUCAUACCAUACACUAGACGUUAUUGCACCAGAAUCCAGACCUACCAUCCAUCCUCCACUCUCCCCAAAAACCGACUAUGCGUUACCAGCACCUCACAUUCUUCACGAUGGCCCUCUUCGGCGCCUCGGCCACCGCGCAACACAUCGCUCAGUCAGACCUCCCGGACCCAUGUCUCGGCGCCUGCGGCGGCACGCUCGGCCUGAUAAGAUCCUGCGAUGCACAACACUCUGACGGCAACAGCCAAGACUGGCGCGACUGCGUCUGUACAUACACCAAUGCCAACAACGAACUCCCCGCUUGUGGUGCAUGCAUCGACUACUACCAUGACCAUGGGUACGGAGACGACUCGGAUAGAAAUGACCAUGGCGAAGACAACCCAGUGAAUGUGAUGAGGAGGAAUUGCUCGUUUGGGGAGGCGAGCUUUAGCCCGGAUGGCGGAGCGACUACGCCGACAGGAGGUAGUCCCACUGCGACAAGUGCGGGUGAGAGUGGCAGUAGUCCGACACAGACUGGUGCGGCGGAUGUGUUGAGGGUGCAGAUGGCGGGAUUGGGGGCGGUUGUUUUGUUGGGUGUAGCUGCUGUGCUGUAAGUGUUGCACACGCAGCUAUAUCUGUCUCACACGAGUCAUCAUGCAUUGGAGUCUGGAAUCUCUUUGUGGCCGUUGAUGGAGUUCUGUACUAUUAUCUUGAGUAGCUAGCCGCCGUAUGCGUAUGAAUACCCGACGAAGGCUUGACAUGCG